AUGGACCAAGCGAUCACCACCUCGACGCCUACAACACACGAAGUUGUGACUUCUGCCCUAUCACGUGCUCUGUCCCUUGUUUCGCAAUGCUACAGUGUCCCUGUGCCUUCCAAUGGGGCAUGUGCGAUUCAAAAAUCUCUCUCGGAUGUCACGGACUUGUUGCAAUAUCAUCGACUUUAUACACGAGAUGGUCCCGUAGUCGUGUACACAUCAGAGCAAUGUACAGUGAUUGAAAGUGGUUUACGUCUAUUGUGGUCACAUGUGACGACGUAUCAAUUGCAUGCGGCAUUGAUCGACUUGGUACGAACGAUCGACUUUAUGCCACGCUCGGUCGUCUUAUGGAAACAAUCAAGAAAGCGCACAAUGCGUGAGAUUCUACAGAGAGGACCAAUGCAAUGGAUACUUACUCGUGCUCAGCAUAUUACAGUUGAGGAACGGAUUCGAAGCUUGGAAGAGACACUGGAAGGACAUUUGAGAAAGAUUGGCAUGUUAAAGGAGUUGACGACGAGGUGCUCAACCACAGUCCUGGACUAUGAGCAAUUGGCCGAGAGGAUGAAAGAGGGGAUGACGUUGUUGGAAUUGGUCUACAGUACUCAUGGCAUUAGUCCACCUCGUAAAGGGCACGGAUCAUUCAAGUCACAGGAUCCGUUGGUCUUUACAGCUUUUUACUUUGAUAGAAACAUUUUGGACAAAGGUAGCAGCGGUGUCACUUCUAGUAAAGAUGUUGUGAACUCAUUGCGUCGAGUCGAGCAGAAUUUGACAGUGUUUCGCACUGCACAGACGCAGUUUUCACGAUGCUUCCAGACGGCGAUUGCGCCUUGUCGUCCUCCGUCAAAGAUCCGUCAACGAUGGCUUCAAGUUACAAGUGUCGUGAUUUGUCUUGCUGCUGGAGGUUUUUGGGUGGUAAACAACCAGAAAGAGUUCCAGGCCGGAAUUGUCGCCAUGCGUGCAAUGUUGCAAGAUUUUCUGCAUGAGCAUAUGAUUGAACCACUCCAAGCGAUCUUCGAAGAGGUGGUGCUGAACCAGAAGCCAGAGAUCCAAGACGCGAUGGCAUUACUGGAUACAAAGCAGAGCUUGCGUCGUAUGCUGGCCGAUUUCGUCAAGGACACGAACCCCAAUAUAUCGCAGACGGACAUGAGUCGCAUCAUGGACGAGAUGGACAUGUCGGUAGUGUCACUGCAAUACGAGAAGCAAUUGGCUGGUGCGGUUCGCAAUUUAAUCACGGGAGAUAUCGUCCGAAUGUUGCUGAUCCAAGUGCAGUUCAUCAAGAAAGAGCUGAUGGUGGCUAUGGGCGCCAUCGAUGAGUUGAUGCAUGCAAACCAGUUGAACUUGCAGAUCCUGGCCACGAUCCCAACGUUCCUCGUUUUUGGUGGUUUGUACAAGUUGGUCACCUCAGCCUUCCAUAUGAUCUACAAGCGCAUGAGUGACCGACUAUACUACGACUCAAGUGAAAUCGCUGGCUUUUUGCGCAACAACUUGCGCGAUAUCGAACGCCUACUCAACAAGCAGAACCGAGGUGCAGUUGUUGGCGAUGAUGCAGUACUGGGCGUUCGCGAACUUGGCUUUCUCAUUUUGUUGCUACACCAGCUGCGUGACCUCUUUGAGGCCUACCGCACACUUUUCGAAGAAGAGGAACAAGAGCGUUUUGAAGAAGACCUGGACGAUCUCAUUGGUGAGGGUCUACUCGUCUCGCAGCAGCUGGCCGUCAUUCAGCGUAUGUACCAUUCCCACCCGUUCUUAUACAGUACCAAGCCGAACAAGUCGCGCUGGCUGUUGGACUAA